AUGUGCUUACAUACGAGAGGACCGUCACAAUGGAAUGUGUCGAAGGCACAACGUGGUGAUAGUAAAACCCCAGCUGAGAAUAUUAAUGUGCCGAAAGAAGCGAAAGAUAAAAAGACAGACUCAAAAAAGAAUGCUAACAAUAGCAGCAUGGAGCAAGGGGAAAAACCCAUCACACAAUUAGUAAUCACUGAAACGCAGAAAACCAACCUUAUCGGCAGAUGUGAUGGAAGUAAACCAAAAUUCAGAGAAAUGGACCUCAACGAUAACAAAAAUCUAAAACAAAACGAAUUAAACGAAAAAAAUCAGCAAUUAGCGAACUCAUUCAUUGCGGAAUUUACUCAGAAAAGUAUGUCAAAGAGCGGAACUUGCAAAAAAAACGAAUCAGUGAUACAUGAUAAUACACUUGAAGAAAUACCGCGUGAUAUGCCAAAAUACGAUUCCUUACAAUAA